GCGGAGGACAGAGUGGAUGAGCUGACCAAAGAGCUGCUGAAGACCAGAAUGAAAUUGAAGAAUGCAGAGGAAGAGAAGAGAGGGAAGGAGGAGGUGGCUGCUCAGUUGAAGGAGGUGUUAAGGACAAAGCUGGACAAGGCUGAACCAGAGGUGAAGAGGAGCUCAGGCAUCAUCUCAGACUACAAACAGAUCUGUUCCCAGCUGACCAGUCGGGUGGAGAGGCUGCAGGCGGCCCACAGAGAGGACCUGGACAAACUCAGGAAUGCUGUGAUGGCGUGUUCUCACUGCCGACAGGCUCUAGAUUCUCCAAUCAUGGAAGGCUUCAGUUCCACAGCCCCGUACCAGAGAAGAAUCAGCACCAGAGAACCAGGCCAGCAGAGAGACAAGGAAACAGAACUAGACCAGCAGACGACUGGUACCAGGGAACAAGACCAGGAGAAGGUGUGUCUGAGUGGCCAGGUCACAGAGCUGGAGAAGGAGCUGGCCCAGACUAAACUACAGAUGGUGGAGGCCAAGUGCAAGAUCCAGGAGCUGGAACACCAGAAGGGGGUGCUGCAACGUGAUCUCCAGACAGCUAGGAACAGCUGGCUCACCAAGACUAUACGGUCAGCCGGAGGGGGUCUGCAGAGCAGCAGCCUACCCAGGGGGAGAGCCUCUGCAAUGGGGCGUUCUCUACAUGGCCUCCCCCUCUCAGCCUGGAGCUCCAGGAGACUGUCAUGGGCCCCCAGGAAGGACCGGGGGGGAGAUGUCUGAAAUGGAAGGGAGGGGGAAAGACAGCAAGAGGACAUACUGAAAGUAUAGAUAAUAUGUAUUGGAAUGAUUAUACAUUUCUAUUGGUGAUUGUUUGUUUCUGCAUUCUAGUGCCUAUUUUGGUUUUAUUUGUUAUUGUCAAAAACAGAUUUGGAUACAGGAGUUUUAUGUAUGAUUUAUGUAUUGCUUUGGCUCUUAAACUCUUAAAACAAAACUCCAAACUGGUAACACUUGUAAGGCGCCCAGUUCUUCAUUCAAAACGUUUCAUUGUGCAUUCAUUUUUUUAUUUGAUUUGUUACAUACAGCAGAUCUCUGAUCUUGUCAAUAUCGAGAUUUACAUUAUUUUUUUUACAGUGAAGUAAAUCAAUAGUCACCAUCAUUGUAGUACAUUCAAGUAUAUAUUCAUACUUUUUCUGUUUCUACUUUACAGACAUUUUCAUUAAGUAGUUCUCAGAAUCUGUAACAGACAAACCAGUUGACAUGUAAAGUCAGCCAGGUCACCUAGGAUACAAGUCAGUAUUCGACGUCCAUCCAUAUCUGAGGACGUCCACAGGUGAUGUGGAAAUCGGCCACUAGGAGGAACGGUGAGCGCUGUUACCUUCAAGUCGGUUUUGAUUUUCAUAAGUAUCUGCCUCUGAUUCCAAAUUUUGGAAGUUUGAAUCCAGCGACAAAAAGUUGUUUUUGAGAUAAUUGUUUUAAGCCUAUCCCAAAC